CAAGGCUUAACUCCACCUCCACCAUGUAUGCUGAACAAGAAACUGAUGAGGUUUAUGCACAAAUAGCUUUGCUUCCUGAAGCAGAUCAAACUGAGCCAACAACACCAGAUUUGUGUCCUCCUCAGCCUCCAAGACCUAAGUUUCACUCAUUUUCCAAGGUUUUAACUGCUUCUGAUACAAGCACCCAUGGAGGUUUUUCAGUUCUCCGUAAGCAUGCCACUGAAUGCCUUCCCCCACUGGACAUGAACCAGCCGACCCCAAUGCAGGAAUUGAUUGCCAAAGAUCUUCAUGGCUAUGAGUGGCGCUUCAAGCAUAUUUUCAGAGGUCAACCACGGAGGCACUUGCUUACAACAGGAUGGAGUACUUUUGUCACUUCAAAGAGACUAGUUGCUGGUGAUUCCUUUGUAUUCCUGAGGGGGGAAAAUGGGGAGUUGCGUGUUGGAGUUAGGCAUGUUGCUCACCCGCAAAGUAGUAUGCCAUCAUCAGUGAUUUCAAGUCAGAGCAUGCACCUGGGAGUGCUUGCAACUGCAUCUCAUGCUAUUGCAACCCAAACCCUCUUGGUCGUCUAUUACAAACCAAGGACGAGUCAGUUCAUCAUCAGUGUGAAUAAAUAUCUAGAGGCUGCCAACAAUAAGUUUGUAGUAGGCAUGAGGUUCAAGAUGAGGUUUGAGGGAGAGGAUUCUCCUGUGACAAGGUUUUCAGGCACCAUUAUCGGGGUUGAUGACUUUUCUCCUCACUGGAAAGAUUCAAAAUGGCGAUCAUUAAAAGUUCAAUGGGAUGAGCCUGCAUCUAUCCCAAGACCUGACAAGGUUUCACCAUGGGAGAUAGAACCCUUUGCGGCUCCCACACCACCAAAUCUGGCACCACCAGAUGCAGUGAAAAACAAAAGGCCUCGACUAACCACAGAAAUUCCUGCCCUAGGUAAUAGAAAACUUCCUGAUUCAUUGCUUCUCUGGUACAGAUUGAGUUCAUUAAAUCUAAUUCUUUGAACCCUAAAUUUAGCUUCAGCUGCAUCUGCUCCU